UGAUACUGAAAGUAGGGGCAAAGUUCAAAUCGAUAACAAACAGCUGUCAACUGAAUUAUUCACAGUCACACUACGUGACAGCUUGAUUUGGUAAUGGUUACCUAUUUAUUUGCCAAAAAUGAACUUUUCUGCACCUGGAGACGGCAUAAAUUCUGAAUUUAAUCGUGAGGAUAUUUCCGAGACAUCUUCCAGACACUACCCUUCUAUAGAAUCCCUUGUCAACUCUGAUUCUUUUGAGGAAAUUGACAGUGAUAGAGACUCUGUUGCAGAUUCAGUAGUAAGUCUUGGUACACCUCCAAGAUCUAGAAAGUUUCUUUAUCCAAAGAAAGAAUAUGUUGAUCAUUUGCAACCAGAAGAAGUAAGAUGGUUCUAUAAGAAAGAGGGGGACAAGAGGUGGACGCCUUUUAUUGGAUAUGACUCUCUGCGUAUUGAAUGCCGUUUCAGGGUGCAGCAACAGAAUGGAACAGAAGAUCUGACAGAAGAAGAAGUUGCAGAUCUUGAUCUCAUUCUUGUAAGAGGAGGCUUAUAUGAGGUUGAUGUCCCAAAACGAACAUGUAGGCCUGUCUAUUGGACAGGGGACAGAAGUAAGAUCAUGAGAGGUACAUGGUUCUAUGAGAAUACAUGGCAACCAGUGGAAGAUGGCUACGCAUCUCAGAUAGAGACAGAAUAUUUAGGGACUUUCCUGGGUCACAGGCUAGAUGAGGUAACUGUGACUGACAAGAAAGGACCCAAACCAGUUAUCCUGAAUAUACGGUUUACAGACUUUUACUUGGAAUGGAACUCUGCAGUGGAUGUGUUCAUGUUUAGUGAUACAGCUUCUUCAAGGUUGCUCAGAGCUGUUGGAAACAAAAUAGGUGUUCAAAAAACUGGAGCCCGGCUUCAGAGAGGUUACUGUAUGGAAGCUGUGAUGGAUGACAAACCCACUGACAUUACACAUCUAGUCUUUGUCGUACAUGGGAUUGGGCAAAAAAUGGACACUGGUCAUAUCAUCAGAUGUUGUUUGGAUAUGAGAGACAGGUUAGAGCAUGUUAAGGCAAAAAUGUUCCCAAAUUUCGAGCACCAAGUGAAUGAGAGAGCCGAAUUUCUUCCAGUGGAAUGGAGAUCUUCAUUAAAACUGGAUGGAGAUACAGUGGAAUCAUUGACUCCACAACGGAUGAGAGGUAUACGAGUCAUGCUCAAUGCAAGUGCUAUGGAUGUCCUAUACUACACAAGUCCAUUGUAUAGAUCAGAGAUAACACAUAGUUUAGAAAAUGAACUGAAUAGAUUGUAUGACAUGUUCUGUGAGAGGCAUCCAUAUUUUGAACCUAACGGUGGAAAAGUCUCUGUUGUUGCUCAUUCUUUAGGUUGUGUUAUUACCUAUGACAUUAUUACCGGCUGGAACCCUAUCACAUUCUAUGACCAGUUUGUCUCAACAGUCAUUGAAGAUGAGAGAGAACAAGCUGGUUCAUCAUCAGAGGUUAAUAGUGAGCUUGAUAAAGCCAAGAAAAGAGUAUCAGAACUUGAAAAACUGCUCACAGACAUCCAUGAUAAACAACAUUCAAGUGCCUCACCCCUUAAAUUUAAGGUGGAGAAUCUGUUUUGUCUGGGCUCACCUCUUGGUGUUUUCCUCGCACUUAGAGGCCUCAGACCCCAGGGGAAAGGAACCCUGGACCAUCUCAUACCCAAAGGUGCAUGUAAAAGACUCUUCAAUGUCUACCAUCCUGCUGACCCUGUGGCCUACAGAUUAGAACCUCUAAUACUGAAGCAUUAUUCCACUGUGAAGCCCCUGGUGAUCCAUAGAUAUGAUUCUUUAAAUAAGACCCCAUAUACAAAGAUGGAGUCAACUGCCUUUGCUGCCUUCCAAGGAUCAACAGAGGUUAUAGAUGAAAAGUGUGAUGUUUCUGACAAAGACAGUGUAGACAGUGCCACCUCUUCUGCUUCCAAAGAUGGAUCUCCUGUUAGAGGAAAAAUAUCAAUGACUAAAGUGAAUAACACAGUUGGUGGUUGGUUUAGCACUAUAACCAAGAGCAUGAGCAUGGACAGUGAUAGCAUGACUGCUGAACUCAAAAUGUUAAACAAACUUGAGAAGGAGGCUGAAAUCUUGGAAAAGUCAUCUCUUACAAACUGUACGCAGCAGACGUCUUCCAUGGAGGAUAUCGAUCAUACAGAUCUAGAAUAUCGUCUUGACUACCAGCUACGUGAUAGUGGAGGAUUGACUAGUGGAUAUAUAGCCAUGGUUACAUCUCACACUGCAUACUGGACCAACAAAGACAUUGCCUGUUUCAUACUUACGCAUCUCCAUCCUAGAUUACAAGACUCCUAAUGUUAAGUCAGUUCUGCUCUACAAAGAAAGACAAAUUAUAUAACACAGAUUUAAAGCUUCAAAGUGACAUAGAUGUAAAGCUUCUUAAUGAAACUUCGUCAAAGAGAGUUCUGUUACUAGGUUGUGAUUCGGAUAGUUUUGUCUUUGUCAAUUUAACCACGAUCAUAUGUUUAAGACAUGGUGUAAAUUUAAGCUUGCUUUGAAAUUCUUGUUUCAAAUUGUUUCAAUGAAAUAUCAAAAACAAAGAGUUGCAGCCUUCUUACAUUGAAAGAUAUUUAGCUCUAAGCCCCAUAUGACAUUCAGUUUGGGUUUACUUCCAUUGUUGACCUCUUCAAUAUUGUAAUAUUUCAAUGAUUAUUUGGCCUAGAAUUUUAGAAUUCUUCAGUAUUCUUCAGUAUAGGAAACAGACAUUUUUUGUCAUGAUAUCAGUUUUAUGAAUAUGAGGUUUUUGCUUUUGCUUACUGUAUUACUUGGUGCUGAAACAGACAAACAAAUUUACAAACAGUAUAAGUAUGAAUACAUGUAUAUUUAUUCAUUUUUAUAUGUCAGCUGUUGGGUUAGUUAGAGCAUAUAUUUAUAUUUACUGGUAUUUUUUUCAUUCAAAAUGAAAAGCUCUUUUAAAAGCUUUACAAGACUAGUUCCCUUUUGAAAAUAUGUUUGAGGAAUGAGUAGGUCUAUUCAUCAUAUUCAUACAGCCUGAAACCUUUUGGGUUAAAAUAUCAUCAUACAUAGGUAUGCAGUCAUUUGCUUCAAGAUCUCUUAGUUUACACCUUCUGUUACAGAUAACCAUGAUAUGGUCUAAUCCUUUCACCAUGGUUUUUAAUCACGAGGCUUCACAAAAUUCGCUUGCAAUUUAGGUUGUUGUUGUGUAAUGCCCAAUGUGCAUGACUUGUGUACUACAAUAAUUUACUGGAAAAACACCAGAAACCUUCGGUCAAGACCAUCAUAUAACUCAGAAUUUUUAUCUUGCAGCGGUACAGAUUGACUCGAGCACAUCAGUUUGCAGAACUGUUAGUCCAAUACCAUUAAGUUUGAAAUCACAAAUUGUAUUUAUAACAAUAUGAGAGUAUUUUAAUGGUGCUUUAGGGUUAAGGCUUAUUGUGACGAAGUAGGGGUAAAGGCCCUGUAUAGUGUGUCUGUGAGGAAAAAGUAAAGCUCUUGUUCUGCUGCAAAUCUUUGUAUUGCAUUCUGGUGACGCACAUUUUCAAAUCCAUUCCAUCCAUUGCUGAUGAUAAACUACAAGCAAUUUCAAAGGUUAAUUUCAGUGGAUUAUUUGCUUCAUUUAUUAGCGUGAUUUAUGGUUUUGACCAAACCCUUAAGUACACUAUAUAUAGUGUACAUUAACAACUAAAGCAAGAUACUAAUGGGUCCAGGUUCAUGAGAAUGCGAAUUUGUUAAGGGUAUGACAGGUCUUUCGUCAAGGAAAUAAAUAUAUGGCAGAAGGAAUUAAAUAUAUGACAAACGUGUCGCUGCUUCAGAUUUAUGUACAUCCAUUGUACAAAGAAGUGAAAUCAUCAUAGAUGCUCAGUUAUAACUGUAGUAUUUUGGGGUAUUAGAGCUGAUGCUUUUGUUUUAAAAAAUGGCAAUAUGCUUGCUUUAAAAACAUUACUUUGCAUUGUUUGACAUUUAUUGAAUUGAAAUUAUGAUAUGGUGCCAAAAAGCUUCAAUUCCAUUCGUUGUAAUCAUUAAUUUUGUUUAGUGUUCAGCUUCUUUAUUAUAUAUCUGAAAAGAAGCCAUUAGAGCUGUUAUAUAAUCAUAAACUCGGCAAUAUUUGCAAAUAUUAUUUGUAUAAUGGAGUAUUGCAAAUGAUGGUGCUUUUCAAAAGUGUAAAUACAUGUAUAAAAAGCUUUUGAUGAAAAAUGUGUGUUUUAAAUAGCUAUCCAAGUACCAUUUUUAUUUCGUUAAAAGUUGUCAUGUUUGUGAGUUAAAACUAGCCUAUUCUAUUUUACAGUUAGACUUUAGUAAAAAUUUAGAUUAGGUUCACAUUUUGUUUGAUACCAUUUGGUUGAUAAAGAUUAGAACCAUUUAUUAUUCAUGUUAUUAUUUUACCUGGCAUGUAUUAUUUGUGGUUUUCCAGACUUAGCUAUUCAUGAUUUUAUUUGAGAUUUAUCUCAUUUUUAGAAUUAGUAUUUAGAACAGUCAUAGUAACGGUUUGUCUCAUUAUAUUUGGUAUUAUUGUGUAUGCAUAUAUCGGGGAAAAGCAGUUUUUAUGUGUAAACAUAGUAAAAUAUAUGUUUGGUUAUGUUCAACAGUCAUUUUCCAACUGAUAUGAAUGUACACUAUACUGGAAUGCUCUUUUUUUCACAUUGCACUAAAAAUAGAGAAACUAUUGAGAUAUGUAAGAAAUCUGGAACGAUUUUAUACAGUUAAUGCUAGUCAUUCCAGUCACUUGACAAUCCUAAGUCAGACAUUCCAUUUCAUUAUUUGUUUUAUAUGAAUAUGGUUUGUUUGUGGUAUUAUCUUUUGGUCAUUACUUAUUCUUUAUUUUUUAUUGUUAAUACUCUGCUUUUAUUUCUUCUUGUUUCUUGCUGUUUGUUUUCUUACUCUUUGCUACAUUCAGUAGAUUUUCAGUAUCAAAUUUACUGUUUCAUUCAUUUUUAGCUCACCUGUCACAAAGUGACAAGGUGAGCUUUUGUGAUCGCGCGGUGUCCGUCGUCCGUCGUCCGUGCAUCCGUGCGUGCGUCCGUCCGUCCGUAAACUUUUGCUUGUGACCACUCUAGAGGUCACAUUUUUCAUGGGAUUUUUAUGAAAGUUGGUCAGAAUGUUCAUCUUGAUGAUAUCUAGGUCAAGUUCGAAACUGGGUCACGUGCCGUCAAAAUCUAGGUCAGUAGGUCUAAAAAUAGAAAAACCUUGUGACCUCUCUAGAGGCCAUAUUUUUCAUAAGAUCUUCAUGAAAAUUGGUCAGAGUGUUCACCUUGAUGAUAUCUAGGUCAAGUUCGAAACUGGGUCACAUGGGGUCAAAAACUAGGUCAGUAGGUCUAAAAAUAGAAAAACCUUGUGACCUCUCUAGAGGCCAUAUUUCUCAAUGGAUUUUCAUGAAAAUUGGUCAGAAUGUUCAUCUUGAUGAUAUCUAGGUCAAGUUCGAAACUGGGUCACGUGGGGUUAAAAACUAGGUCAGUAGAUCUAAAAAUAGAAAAACCUUGUGACCUCUCUAGAGGCCAUAUUUUUCAUGAGAUCUUCAUGAAUAUUGGUCAGAAUGUUCACCUUGAUGAUAUCUAGGUCAAGUUUGAAACUGGGUCACGUAGGGUCAAAAACUAGGUCAUUAGGUCUAAAAAUAGAAAAACCUUGUGACCUCUCUAGAGGCCAUAUUUCUCAAUGGAUCUUCAUGAAAAUUGGUCAGAAUGUUUAUCUUGAUGAUAUCUAGGUCAUGUUUGAAACUGGGUCACAUGGGGUUAAAAACUAGGUCAGUAGAUCUAAAAAUAGAAAAACCUUGUGACCUCUCUAGAGGCCAUAUUUUUCAUGAGAUCUUCAUGAAUAUUGGUCAGAAUGUUCACCUUGAUGUUAUCUAGGUCAAGUUCGAAACUGGGUCAUGUGGGGUCAAAAUCUAGGUCAGUAGAUCUAAAAAUAGAAAAACCUUGUGACCUCUCUAGAGGCCAUAUUUCUCAAUGGAUCUUCAUGAAAAUUGGUGAGAAUGUUCACCUUGAUGAUAUCUAGGUCAAGUUCGAAACUGGGUCACGUGCAGUCAAAAACUAGGUCAGUAGGUCUAAAAAUAGGAAAACCUUGUGACCUCUCUAGAGGCGAUAUUUUUCAAUGGAUCUUCAUGAAAAUUGGUCAGUAUGUUUACCUUGAAGAUAUCUAGGUCAAGUUCGAAACUGGGUCACGUGGGGUUAAAAACUAGGUCAGUAGAUCUAAAAAUAGAAAAACCUUGUGACCUCUCUAGAGGCCAAAUUUUUCAUGAGAUCUUCAUGAAUAUUGGUCAGAAUGUUCAUCUUGAUGAUAUCUAAAUCAAAUUCGAAACUGGGUCAUGUGGGGUCAAAAACUAGGUCAGUAGGUCUAAAAAUAGAAAAAACCUUGUGACCUCUUUAGAGGCCAUAUUUCUAAAUGGAUCUUCAUGAAAAUUAGUGAGAAUGUUCAACUUGAUGAUAUCUAGGUCAGGUUCGUAACUGGGUCAUGUGCGGUCAAAAACUAGGUCAGUAGGUCGAAAAAUAGAAAAACCUUGUGACCUCUCUAGAGGCCAUAUUUUUCACGAGAUCUUCAUGAAAAUUGGUGAGAAUGUUCACCUUGAUGAUAUCUAGGUCAAUUUUAAAAGUGGGUCACGUGCCUUCAAAAACUAGGUCCAUAGGUCAAAUAAUAGAAAAACCUUGUGACCUCUCUAGAGGCCAUAUUUUUCAAUGGAUCUUCAUGAAAAUUGGUCAGAGUUUUUUAUCUUGAUGAUAUCUAGGUCACAUGUGCUCAAAAACUAGGUCACUAUGUCAAAUAAUAGAAAUAAUGACGUCAUACUCAGUUGAACACUGGGUCAUGUGGGGAUAGGUGAGCGAUUCAGGACCAUCAUGGUCCUCUUGUUCCAAAGUGUCCUUAUGUUCCCUGAUAUUUAUUUAGCCGUAAUAUAUUUUUCCUUUAUUCAUGUGAAAUAUAUAGACAUGUACAUUUCCAGCCUGGAUUAUUACAUUCCUUUGUAAACAGAGCAUUUUAAUUUAGUAUUUAUUAUUUUUAAUGAAAUGUGUUUUCAUAAUGUCCCUGUAAUAGAUCCCAAGGACUACCGUAUUAGCCUGAAUAUCUGUAUACGAUAACCAAAUAGAUUCCGUUAAAAUUAUGAAAACGGCUUUCGAGAGAAAUUAAAUCAUUUUUGAGAACCUAUUUGUUUUUUUAGCUCACCUGUCACAAAGUGACAAGGUGAGCUUUUGUGAUCACGCGGUGUCCGUCGUCCGUCGUCCGUCCGUCCGUCCGUAAACUUUUGCUUGUGACCACUCAAGAGGUCACAUUUUUCAUGGGAUCUUUAUGAAAGUUGGUCAGAAUGUUCAUCUUGAUGAUAUCUAGGUCAAGUUCGAAACUGGGUCACGUGGGUUCAAAAACUAGGUCAGUAGUUCUAAAAAUAGAAAAACCUUGUGACCUCUCUAGAGGCCAUAUUUUUCAUGAGAUCUUCAUGAAUAUUGGUCAGAAUGUUUACCUUUAUGAUAUCUAGGUCAAGUUUGAAACUGGGUCAUGUAGGGUCAAAAACUAGGUCAUUAGGUCUAAAAAUAGAAAAACCUUGUGACCUAUCUAGAGGCCAUAUUUCUCAAUGGCUCUUCAUGAAAAUUGGCCAGAAUGUUCACCUUGAUGAUAUCUAGGUCAAGUUCGAAACUGGGUCACGAGGGGUUAAAAACUAGGUCAGUAGAUCUAAAAAUAGAAAAACCUUGUGACCUCUCUAGAGGCCAUAGUUUUCAUGAGAUCUUCAUGAAUAUUGGUCAGAAUGUUCACCUUGAUGAUAUCUAGGUCAGGUUCGAAACUGGGUCAUGUGGGGUCAAAAACUAGGUCAGUAGAUCUAAAAAUAGAAAAACCUUGUGACCUCUCUAGAGGCCAUAUUUCUCAAUGGAUCUUCAUGAAAAUUGGUCAGAAUGUUCACCUUGAUGAUAUCUAGGUCAAGUUCGAAACUGGGUCACGUGCGGUCAAAAACUAGGUCAGUAGGUCUAAAAAUAGGAAAACAUUGUGACCUCUCUAGAGGCGAUAUUUUUCAAUGGAUCGUCAUGAAAAUUGGUCAGAGUGUUUACCUUGAAGAUAUCUAGGUCAGGUUCGAAACUGGGUUACGUGGGGUUAAAAACUAGGUCAGUAGAUCUAAAAAUAGAAAAACCUUGUGACAUCUCUAGAGGCCAUAUUUUUCAUGAGAUCUUCAUGAAUAUUGAUCAGAAUGUUCACCUUGAUGAUAUCUAAGUCAAGUUCGAAACUGGGUCACGUGGGGUCAAAAACUAGGUCAGUAGGUCUAAAAAUAGAAAAAACCUUGUGACCUCUCUAGAGGCCAUAUUUCUCAACGGAUCUUCAUGAAAAUUGGCGAGAAUGUUCAGCUUGAUGAUAUCUAGGUCAGGUUCGUAACUGGGUCAUGUGCGGUCAAAAACUAGGUCAGUAGGUCGAAAAAUAGAAAAACCUUGUGACCUCUCUAGAGGCCAUAUUUUUCACGAGAUCUUCAUGAAAAUUGGUGAGAAUGUUCACCUUGAUGAUAUCUAGGUCAGGUUCAAAAGUGGGUCACGUGCCUUCAAAAACUAGGUCAUUAGGUCAAAUAAUAGAAAAACCUUGUGACCUCUCUAGAGGCCAUAUUUUUCAAUGGAUCUUCAUGAAAAUUGGACAGAAUUUUUUAUCUUGAUGAUAUCUAGGUUACAUGUGCUCAAAAACUAGGUCACUAUGUCAGAUAAUAGAAAUAACGACGUCAUACUCAGUUCAACACUGGGUCAUGUGGGGAUAGGUGAGCGAUUCAGGACCAUCAUGGUCCUCUUGUUUUUUAAAUUUUCAUGAUCUUAUUUUGAGAAAAAUGUCAAAAUAAUUCAUACUACUGGAUGAUUUCUUUCACCAGAUAUUUUUAUUUUCAUGAAAACCUUUAGUUUUUGCUAUUUCAAAAUAAAAUAAAUCUUUCACAAACAGAAUUUCAUGAAAACAUUUUUUUUUUCAAGAAAACAAAGGAAAUGUUGCGCAAAGAACACUUGUUAUCUGAUAAAAUACUUUGCACUAAUGUGAGUUUUCCAUUGAUAUUGAGUCCAUGAUUGAGUGAAAAAAACAAACGUUUUCUAGACUCUUCAGUUAAAUUAUAAAAUUGUCGCAACUUAUUUUAAUUUUCAUGAAAUUUAACAGGUUAUAUGCCACAAUACCGAAGCGCGAAAUAUGAACAUUGUUUGGGAUUCACAUGGAUGCCAGGUAAAAUGAACAUUUUAUUUCACAUGACAUUUAACAGUGUCACCACAAAUAAAGUAUUUUUUUCGUACAUUGAAGCUCUGAAAACGUAUUAGUAUUACCAUUAUUAUAUACUUGCAUUUUGAUUUGUUUGAUGAUAAAACAAUUUUAUGUUUACUUUUACUUGAGCAUUUCUCAUUUGAAACUAACAGUAUUAUCAUAUUCAUUGUAAGCUACAAAUUAAGUAAGGAUUUUUAUGAUGCUUUAAACUAUUUUUUGAUACAUGUAGUUGAAAUAUUAUGUGAAAUUAUAUAAUGCUCAAAUUUCAUAUUUGACAAUAGGAACAAACACUACAAUAACAUAGUAUCUGUGAAAAUAUGAAAAAGGAACAACAUAUUUUUGCAUGUAAAUGAUAUUUUGUGUUAGAUUUGAAAUACAACACACCAAAAUGUCAACAUAAAUACAAAAUGAAUAUGUAAUGCCACUAAAAAAAUGAAGUAUUUUAACAAACGCAUGUUACAAGAUAUGACAUUUAAUUGUGAUUGAAGCUCUAAAUAUAUGCACAGUUCUAUUACAAUUUUGCCAAGUCAUUUUCUUGAUUUAAAUUCAUAUUUAAUAACAAAAUAGAGAUAGAUGAAUGUAUUUUGUAUUUAAUAUGAUGCUCACUGUUAUGUAACAUAUAGAUUACAUGAUUUGCAAUUGAUCUUUUUUUCAGGUUAUGUAAGAUUAUAGUGUGUUAUAACAUUUAUUGGCAUUCUGUCAAGCUGUAGUUCCCACAGCUAACCUAUGUUAACGUCUGUUUUACAAAUUACGUCGUUAAAAGAAAUCAUAAUGACGUCUGGGAGAUAAGCCAUUAUGUCAAGCUUUGGUAAUGAAAGUGAUCAGCAAUUAUCAGUAUUAGUAAUUCUUAAGCCAUCAGUAUCUUCUGUCGGGUUAUUUUGUUUUAUUUUGUGCAAAUCUGAGUUCAAAUCCUGUGCAAUAAGUCAAUGCAUAGAAUCUCGUUCAACCUUUUGUUUAUACAUUUGUGUCCGUGUUGAUUUGUUUUAGGGCCAGUUUAAUGUUAUUAACAUUUUAAGUUCGGCUAUUCAAAGAAUAUGUAGAACUGUUGUACUCGACCAUUCAUCUGCAUCAGCGUCCUCAUUUGGUUAAGUGUUUGUGUGAUUCAGCUUGUAAUACAGUAACCUCUUACGGGAAUAGACUGAAAGUUGACAGACUUGUUCGUUGUGAUGUUAUGACAUACAUUACUUUGAUCUCACGACUCAGAUUUUAUAUUUCACGAAGUUAUCAUAUGUCUCUUUUUUCAAUUAAGCUUGUUUUGGUGCGGUAUGUUUUGUCAUAAAGUAUCUGAAGAGGGGAAGGUUUUAUGAUUCAAAUUUGAAGCCUUUUUAGUACUAGUUAAGGUCCUUUUUCAUGGUUCUAUCAUAGCUUUUGAAAUGUCGAGCUCUAGAAUAGAAUUCGCUGUAAAGUUUAUACUUAUACAAAAAAUAGCAUUUGCUCAAUUUCAUGAUGGAAGAGUUUUGUGCAUAACAUUUAUACUAAGAAUAACUUUUGAUUUUUAAAAAAAAACUAGCUGCAUUUCGAGGGCUGAACGCAAUACUGUAGUAACUCCUAUUAAAUAAAGAAGGACUUACGACAGUAUUGCGUUCAACCUUCGAAUUUAGAUUCUUUCUUUUCAUCUUAGUUGCAUCAUAGGAAUGAACAAAGACUAGAACAUAAUUCUAAUUAGCCUGAUUUGCAUGGGCAAUAUUAGCAAUUUUAGUACAAACUGCUUAGGAAUAUUCAUGUCCAUCAUUAGUUUCACACAGUUAUAUGUGUUUUGGUAAUUUUGAUGUAGUACAUGUAGGUGGCUUUGCAAUAUGUCCUGCCUGUAUUUUAGAAAUUAGCAUAAGCUUUUACAUGAUUUAAUUGAACCAUACUUCUUUUUCAAUUGGUUUUGAAUUAUUUUGAGUAUGUUAAUGUCUCUAUUUUGGUGUUGGAUUUUAGCAUUAUGUUAAAUUUGCCUGAAUGAAUAUUGUGAUCAUAUAUGUCCGUAUGCGUGUCUGCCCUGUCAGAAACGACUCCCAAGUUUCAUGACUUCAUUUGUGAGAAGUGUCUGUAUUUUGCACAUAGUAUGCCCCCAUGGCAGUUGAAAAGAAAUGUUACAAAUUUUUCUCAUGUUUUUUUUUUAAUAUUUGUUCAGUUUAAAGUCACACCGACACAAUUUAGUUAAUAUUCGAGUUUUCAAGCUUAAGACUGUGGAGGAAGACCACAAUUGCUUAUUCAUGAAUUGGUCCUGGCAUGAGCAGGCACCUGAGUAGAACCACAGACCUUCCGUAAGCUGGAUGGCUUCCUCAGAUGAAGUAUUCUGCACCCCAAUCCAGGUGUCAAAAUCACAUGAUUUGGAUGAAUUCAUUUGAAGUAUUCGGGAACGGAGCUCCCCACCCCAGUAAGCUUUUAACCUUUAGCCUGUUGGCGGCAAGUGAUUCUGCCUUUGCGACCAGUGCUGAACAAGAUCGGCCUGCACCCUGUGCAGACUGAUCAUGGUCUGCACUGUUCGCUAUUUAGAAAGUAAUUUUGUAGUGGACACCCCUUUGAUAAACAAGUGGUACUGACCAAAUUGAAUGAUAGACCUAUCUAUCUUAGAAUUUAGCAGGGUAAAAGUUAAGUGUAGCUCGACGUUUAAAAUAAUCCUUUGAUUUUUUUCAGUGAAUUUUCUAGUCCGACUUAGUUCAAUUUUUUUAGCAUUUCAUUUACCAUUAUAAGCCUGCAGAAUCGUCGAUUGUAUUAAAUUGCCUAAUUCGGUUAGAAAUUCUCGGGUGAGCGGCCACCGGCCAUGUGAUGUUUAUUUAGGGAAACGGCCUUGCAAUAUAUGAUAUCUGUGAUAAAUUAUAUAACUCCAGCUUUAGAUAUUUCCAAAUGUUUAUUAAUGUUUUUUUUGAACAAAACAUGUGUUCACAUUUGUAAUAGCAUUAUCGAAUGAACGUGUUCUUGUAAGUUUGUGAGAAAAAGUUUUUUCCAUGUAUAAUGGUCGCUAAAAAUAUGCUUCUACUGGUUGUAUCACUAAUCAGGUUUGAUAUUGUAUUAUAUGAAGGGUUAUGUCUGAACAAAUAUGUAUCAAGGCGGUAGGGAAUAUUGUUUUGCUGUUUGUUACAUUGGAUAAUUUUUAUGUUUGUUACUUCAAGUUUUUCUGUUACAUUAGCUGUCUUCCUAACAUUUAAGUGAUUACACAUGUAUAUGUACGCGUGCCUUUUUUCAAUCACAAAACAUGAUAAUAAGGUACGAAAAUUCAAUCGAGUGGCCUAGCUCUACUUAUGAACAUACUCAUCAUAGAUGUACUGAAAUAGAAUUUUUGACAUCAAUAGCAUUUAUGGAAAUACCAAAAUUUGAUAACAAACCUACACGUGCGCGUACCCGUAUGGAAUAUUACCUGCUUUGUUAAGUACAAGGUGAGCCGUAAUAUUUUAUAUCAUAUUAUACGUCUAUAUUGACUUAAAACAGUUUACUCUCCAUAUGUAAUUAGACAAAGUUAUUUAUCGCAGCUAAAAGUUUCAUUUGAUUAUUUGAAUGUAUUACUUUUUCUUUUAAAAUUUAGGGCAUUCAACAAAGUGUGAUUUUACAGAAUAUACUCUAAAGGUACUUUCUCAUUUGAUUAUUAACCCCUGACAUUUCUGGACGAAAAACGUUAUGAACAUACACCUGAAUCAACUUCGGAGCUCAUGAGUGUCUGCAAAUGGAAAUUUCCGAAGGAGGUCUGAAAAAUUCUGAAAAAGAAUGCCAUAUGGAGUGUAUUCUAUAAAGUCAAACGUUAGAAAAAUAUUUAAUAUCUUCAAUAAUUGAAUACAUUUCAAAUGUUUAUGUGUCUAUAAUAACCGUGUCUAAUUUCCUGUUUUGUAUAAAACUGUUUCAGACAAUAUAGACAUACGAAGUUAUUCAAUGUAUUAUGAAACUCUAUUUAUUUCUGUUUUAACAAUUCAUUCCUGGUGUUUGGGAAUUACUAAUUUAGAUACAUUUAACAGUAUUGAUCUACGUAUUAUGUAAUUCGAUUAGUUAUUGUAUUUUACUUUUUGUACAUUUUGGUAUGUUCCGUUUUAAUUCCAUGCUGUUCACGUGUGAACAAACUUUAAUGCAUGCCUUGGGCAAAGAAUUUAACAAAAUUAAGACAAGAUAAAGCAACGUUACUAUGUAACUUAAAGGUAAUCCAAUAACGAUUAGAAAUCCAUGUUCAUAUUAAACGUAAGUGUUAAUAUCUAUAGUUGAUCUAUAUCAUUUGUAUUGUACAAAGAUAUUCUAAGAAAAUGAGUUAAACGCGUUCAUAUAUUUCUUACUAACAAGUAAUUUACUCACUUCUUUGAAAACAAAAAGGAAUUUAUUCCCAUAGUUAGUCACGGUUAUGCAUGUUAAGUUAGUGGUCCGUAGUGUUACUCUGGAAAUUUUGCGUGAUUACGCAUUCUUGUUAGGUAAAUCGGCAUUUCUCACAAUGCGCACGUAACAUUCCGUAAAAUCUGGAAAAUGCUGCUAUACGAAAAAGACGUAUUUGCCGAACACUAUUAUAAAUAACAACUAAUGAGCUCUCUUUUAAAAGAUUAUACAUUCAUUAUGUUAAAUAUAAAUUGUUAUUCUAUAGAACUGCCAAUUGUGGUCAUAGGGUAUUUUGGUUGUAAUGAUGGUGAAAACUAAACAAUUUCGAGCUGUAGCGUUCAGUUUUGACUUCAUUUAUUGCUGAAUACAUAUGAAACUUUCAAAGUAUAAUUAGAUCUAUUCAGACACAUUAACCUGUAGAUCUACCUUUGAAUAUUUAAUAAGAAAGAUUUGGGAAUUUUUAUUUUUAAGAAUGGCGUGGACCAAAAUUUUGAAUAUGCAUUUACCUGCUAAAAUAUGUUAUAAAACAUAUCCGGCAAUAAGAAAAUAUAUUACCCAACCACUACCACAUCUGGAGAAUUUAGAAUGAUGUUUAGCCGUUACUUGGUUAUAGCGUUUUUGCAGGAUUGCGAAGCAGCUAGACUUGUUCAAGUUUAACGAGGUAUAUUUUAGUUCGGCUGUUUUUGUUUUACUUUUAUAACUGUGGUUGUUCUCUGUCAUUAUUAAAGACUUUAAUAAAAAAGGAUGCCAUAAAUUUUGAA